GCACAGGUGAGUUGUCGAAUCUGAGCGGAACAAAGCAGGUGUGUAAAUCCAUAUAUCCUUGUUUUGAAACAAAGCAGUCGAUUAAUGAAAGAUUGAAGUAAUGAAAUUAAUGAAAGAAUGAAGUCGUUAAAUGAAUGAAAAACGUUUGAGACAUUCAGAGAAGAAACUACUACUUUUACAGACUGUUUUUCACACACCAAUUUUGUUUUCUUUUCCAACUGGAAAAAGUACAUGUGCUGAAUGGAAUAUAUAUUGCGUGAGAAUAUUGCGAUAUUUGGAAUACAGAAUAAAAGGGAUGACAAGUAACUUUUUACUUUUUGGAAUUAUUAAAACAUUUCUGGCAAAUGGAUUUUACCAACCCACAGCUCAAUGUCUUGUCAUUGAACAUCUCCUCAACAUAAUUGGUACCGGAACAGGUUAUCUAGACUAGGAAAUCCAAAGACUCGCCUUAUGAAAAAUAGGAACAUUCAUUAGCUUAUACAUUAAGUCCUCAGAAUGGCUUAUAGAGGUUGGUGGGUGUGUGUCUGCUGGAUGGUGUUUAUCGCAGGCCGAUGCGAGGCGAUAUACCCUCACUGUCUGGAUGGGAUUAUGAUGAAUGUAGUUCUACUGGAUGACGACAUCUCUCCCUGGAGUAUGAAAUUUGUCCGUAGCGCUGUGGAGAGUGCGAUCCAGCUCGACGCUGAACUCCCCUGUAAAAGCUGUCCAAACGGAGUGAAGCGAAACCUGACUGCAAACUUCCUUGGGCUCGAGACUAGUUUGUACAGCAAGAAAGGCUGCCAAAGCAGCACCUGUGAGGUGGUGGAGACUUUGAAGAACCUAACUAAAACAGGCCAGGAGGGCUGGGUUUUGCUGGGGCCCACCUGUACCCAUGCAACCUUUCAGAUGGUUGAUCAAGAGGUUGGUCUGAAGCUCCUCAUGCCCAUCAUCUCAGCAGGCAGCUUUGCUCUGUCCUGUGACUACCAAGACAACCUGACCCGCAUAUUGCCCCCUGCACGCAAGAUCUCCACAUUCUUCACAAAAUUCUGGGAUUUCAAAAACAAUAUCAAACCCAAGUGGUCCACAGCCUUCCUCUAUAAGAAGCAGGAGAACACUGAUGACUGCUUCUGGUACAUCAAUGCACUUGGUACAGGCUCAGCCCACUUUUCCUUACAUGUCAAAAAUACCCAAGUUAUAACCAAAGCGGAAACCCUUAGAAUGGAAUUAAACUCCAAAAAGAGGACAAGCAAUUUGUUCAUAGUGUGUGGGACACCAGAAGAUAUCGUGGACCUGAAGAAUGGAACUAUGGAGGUUGAUCCUAGUGUUGUCUUCAUCCUGGUCGAUCUUUACAAUGAUAAGUACUACACCAAUAAGUCCUCUAUCCCUGCUAUGAAGAACGUGUUGGUUCUCACCAUGCCCAACACUAGGAACUAUACUGUGGACACAGACCUGGGCAACAACGUGACGAUGAAUGACUACAUGGCAGCGUACCAUGAUGCAGUGCUGCUGUUUGGUCAGGUGGUGAGAAAGAUCUGGAGCAAGCCUGAGUCUGAGCUCAACCACACGGAGGUAGUCAAUAUCAACCACUUCAGAAACAUCUCAUUCGAUGGCAUCGCAGGCCACUACAAGCUGGAUGACCAUGGGGACAGAGACGUGAAUUUUUCAGUCAUUUACACCACCACUGACAACAAGUAUGAAACUUUAUUUAUAUUCAACACUGUCUACAACUACACCAACAUCGUCAACAGUAAACCAUCCUUCAUCUGGGGCAGACAUCUCCCAAAUGACACUCCAGACCAGGGUUCGAGGCUGCAGAACCUCGUUGUCAUUGUCUUAGGUGUCACUGUGGUGGUGGUGGCUACCAUCGCAUUCAUCUUCUACAGGCAGAACAGGAGAGAGCGCCAGGUGAGGAAGAGAUGGUCUCACAUCCACUCUGACCUCAUCACCCCGCUGGAGUACAAUGAACGUAGCCUGGUCUCCCUCAAGAUUGAUGAAGACCACAGGAAAAAAAAAAGUUAUAUGAUCCGCCAAGGACGCUACGAUAAAAAGAUUGUGAUCCUGAAGGAGCUGAAGCACUCGGACGGGAACUUUAACAAGAGUCAGAGGAUAGAGCUCAACUCGCUUCUGCACAUUGACUACUACAACUUGACUAAGUUCUACGGCACAGUCAAGUAUGAUCAUGGUGUGUUUGGGGUGUUCGAGUACGGCGAGAGGGGAUCUCUAAGGUGUGUGCUGAAUGACAAUAUUUCAUACCCGGAGGAGACCUUCAUGGACUGGGAGUUUAAGAUCUCUGUAAUGUACGACAUCGCCAAGGGUAUGUCCUACCUCCAUUCCAGUGACAUCCAGGUCCAUGGCCGUCUCAAGUCCACUAACUGUGUGGUGGACAACCGCAUGGUGGUCAAGAUCACUGGCUUUGGCUGCAACACCAUUCUAAACCCAGGCAGAGACCUGUGGACAGCUCCAGAGCACCUGCGUAGACAAGGGAUCUCCCAGAAGGGAGAUGUCUACAGCUUUGCCAUCAUCGCCCAGGAGAUAGUUCUCAGGAGGAAAACCUUUUACACCGAGGCCUACUCCGACCGCACAGAGAAAAUGGCCAGAGUGCAGUACCCUAUCAAAAUAACCUAUUUCAGACCUGAUCUGAAUUUUGAGACUGCAGGAGAAAAAGAACUGGAGGUGUACAUGCUGAUAAAGAUCUGCUGGGAUGAGGACCCAGAGCGAAGGCCUGACUUUAAGAAGAUAGAGAACUCACUGGGGAAGAUCUUCAGUAACCUGCACAACCAGGCUAAUGAGAGCUACAUGGACAACCUGAUCCGUCGUCUACAGAUGUACUCCCGGAACCUGGAGCACCUGGUGGAGGAGAGGACGGCGCUGUACAAGGCUGAGAGAGACAGGGCCGACUGCCUCAACUUCAUGCUGCUGCCUCGUCCUGUGGUGCGUUCUCUGAAAGAGACAGGCAUCGUGGAGCCGGAGCUGUUUGAGGAGGUGACGGUCUACUUCAGCGACAUCGUGGGCUUCACCACCCUGUGCCAGUACAGCACCCCCAUGGAAGUGGUGGACAUGCUCAACGACAUCUACAAGGGCUUCGACAGCAUCCUCGACCACCACGACGUAUACAAGGUGGAGACGAUAGGUGAUGCGUACAUGGUGGCGUCGGGGUUGCCUCGGCGGAACGGGAACAGGCACGCGGUGGACAUCUCCCGCAUGGCCCUGGACAUUCUGGCAUUUAUGGGGACCUUCCAGCUCAGACAUCUGCCGGGACUACCUGUGUGGAUCCGCAUUGGGAUGCACUCAGGCCCCUGUGCAGCAGGAGUGGUGGGUAUAAAGAUGCCCAGAUACUGCCUGUUUGGAGACACAGUCAACACUGCAUCUAGCAUGGAGUCAACGGGACAUCCCCUGAGAAUCCACGUCAGUCAGCCCACCAUCAGCAUCCUACAGAGGACAGACUGCAAGUUUGAGUACGAGAAGAGAGGGGAGACUUUUCUCAAGGGUAAAGGCACAGAGUUGACCUACUGGUUGACAGGUGAAACAGGACAGGACUACAACUUGCCAACGCCACCGACAGCGGAGAACUGCCAGCGUCUGCAGCAGGACCUGGCCCAGAUGAUCCAGGAGUGUCUUGAGAACCGCUCGCUGGGGUCAGAGGUCAUGGAGAAGAGGAAUACCCUGUCCAUGAGGCAGAGGAGGGUGGGGAGGGAUGGAGGGGAGCAGGGGGGAGAGGAGGAGGUUAACGAUGACCAGCCAGAGUACCUCCAUCUGGCUACGGUCAACAACUUCAGUACUUUCUUUUAGUUAUUUUGAUAAGGAGAAAUAGGGUUAUUAUGUUGUUGUUUUGUCUAUUGAUGUGAAAGUCUAAAGUCACAUGCAGAUCUUGAGUUAGAAUUCUGGCCUUUUGGAGGAACCACAAAGCUGUAGACCAACUAAGCACUGUACUGAUAUACUGGAAACCUUCCCCUCCACAACCUCAGCACUAGAAAUUCCAAAAACGAUGAGAAAAAAAAUACUGACCUUAGGUAGAACAGCAAAUAGCAAAAAGUACUUAUUGUACCUUUAAGUGUUAAAUAAUUGUGUUGUCUACAAUCAAAUAUUAAUAUUAUUAAUCAUCAUACAUUUCUUCCUUUUAACUGAUUGCAAUAUAUGCGGACCAUUGUUGUGAUAAUAUUUCAUCUUGAAAAUUUUAAUGAUUUAUGGUUUAAAAACAAAUGACAUUGAAACUGUAUUUAUUUAUGUGAUUAUAUUUUACAGUUGUUGGAAUCAUUCCUGUACAGCAUGUUACAAAUAAUAAUACUACUUGACGGGACUGAAAACAUUGACCCAUGUUUCAUUGAGCCUGUUACAGUAUAUUGAGGCAUUACAAUUCCCAUGUCACUGAUGUCUGAGAACUUAUGGGGGUGUAUCUGAGCACAUUGAAGUUUUCGUUAAAGGGGGUAGGAAGGAAGUUCUCACUGAUUUUCUACAGUGAAUUAUAAAUGAUUAUGCACAAUUGUCUAACACAUAUUUACAUUGUUUAGAUUAUUUUUUUUAACAAGAAUAUAGCAUGACUGCUAUUACUGUUAUACCCAUAAAAAACAUAUGUAUAAAGAUAAUGUAUUGUAAAGCAAAUCAACCCUGGCUAUUGUAACAGCAUUAGAUGCCCAAUAAAAAAAAAAUCAGUUCUGA